GUUUUCCUUUUCUCUAAUGUGAACUUACGAAAACACCUUCAAUGUGACCGACUUUCCCGAGUCGGUGGAUCUCAACUCUCAAGCGUCUAUAAAUAUGGACCUUACCCUUCACUUUUUUUUUUAUUCACCACACGCGCUUAGCUAUCUUCUCCCCCUCACUGUCUGCUCUAGGUCGAGAUUUUUUAGGGUUUAUCUCCGGAUUUGGGUUAGCGAAAUCGAGCUCACGGGGUUGUCUCGAUUAUUCCUUUUUAGGUUGCUUGAAUCUGAAGCUAAUCUUGGGUUAAUUGGAUUGUUAGAAUCGAGACCUAAAUCCUUCGAUUGGAUCAGAGAAAAUAUGUCGCGCGUUCUCACUUGCCCACCGCUUGUGUUUGCAAGAAACCACGUUGGCGUUCAAAACUUGGUCGAAUCGACUAAGCUUAAAAGAAUCACACUUGAUUCAAAAAAGGCGCACCGGAUAGAGAAGAAGGAAAAGAAGGAGAAGAGAAAAGAAAAGAAAGAAACUAAGCGUGAGAAAUCGCAUAAACAUUCGAUUAAAGCAACUGAUAAUCAUCACAAGCUAAUAUUUCUUCCUUCCAAGAAAGUGUCAGAUGAGUCUGACUCACUAGAGAAGAGUGGUUUGACAGAUGAGCUUGAGGAACCUCAAAAACACCUUGGAUAUUUGUCUGAUGGAAGUCAGAAUAGUAAGAAGAGGAUUAGAGAUGAUUCUCCUCCGGCUGUUGAAAGUCUCAUCAAAGCUGCACCUGUAGCAGGUAAACCUCUACGGAUUAGAAUGGUCUUCAAAAAACCAAAGGAGGAAGUUCCUACUCUGCCUAGAGAGGCUGUUGUUUGCUCCACUACAGUUGCAAAGUCGCUCAGUCACCAAGAUGUCAUAACAAGUUCUAUCUCAAGUUCAAAAACAUCCGAGCUUGAAAAGAAUCUGCCGUCAACAUCAAUAGCGGCAAUAGAUGAAACAAAGAAGAGAAAGAAACACAGAUCUAGCAAAGAAGAUCAAUACAAUGCAUUGUUUGAUGGUUGGACUCCUCCUUCCAUGUGUAUUGCUGAUGCAUCUUCAAAUGACAAUGGUGAUUAUUGGCUAUUUGGGAACAAGACGCAAGAGGUGCUUAAGCCCAAAGCAGCAGUCAAGGUUGAUGAUGACACGAUGAUGAGACCGGGAGAUUCAUCUUGGCCUAGAGCUCAAUUUUUGUCUGAAGUUGGGAUUUAUUCUUUACCUUAUACUGUCCCGUUCUAAUGCUCGAUUCUUUUUGUUCUAGCUUUAGACUUAGCUUGUACAGUGUUUGACUGUUUGUAACAACAAUUCUAAUCUAACCCGAUUUUGAUACAUCAAAAGACUUCGUAAUACUUGGUUCAAUUCCA